AUGUCCGAGCACGGUCCCCCCUCGCAGGCCCCGUCGGCCGCCACCGGCGACCUGAUGUUCCCCCUGGAUGGCACCCAGGCGCGCAAGUCCCUGGAUACCCUGACCAAGUGGAAUGCCCUCAUCGACACGGUCCCCGACACGCUGGACCGCCUGGAAGGCCGGCGCUUCCUUCUGCGCUCCUUCGGCAUGGGCAUGGAAAUGUACCUGGAAAACUGGUCGCCGGACGCCCCGAACUUCGUGUCCUCCUGCGGCCCGACGCGCAAAUUCUACGCCGACUCCCCGGAUACCGACUAUCUGCGGGCCAACAUCGUCCUCAAGGGCAACCGCGUGUACCGGGUGUGGGGCCAAAUUGUCGGCAACAAUCCCCUCUACUUCGGGCUGCAGUAUUACCGCGGCCGCGGUGCCCCGGGGGCCCAUAUGCCGGAUGCCGACUUCCGCCUCGACUCGGCCGGGCGCUUUGAGAUCUUCCUGACCGCCAACCCGGAUCGCCUGCCGGCCGGCGCCUCGCGCGACCAGGUCCUCCUCGGCGUCGGCGACGAGGUGGGCAUCAUCUUCCGCCAGUAUUUCUCCGAUCGCAGCACCCAGGCCCCGAUCCGAGUCUUCAUCGAGCGUGUGUCCUGCGACAAUGCCAUGAACUACUCGGGGGUCGACCCGUCGUUGGUCCGCCUGCCGGAGGGCGAGGCCCCGGGCGCCGGCGCCGCCGUCCAGUUCUACAUGACCGGUGCCGAUCUCAUGCAUCGGAACAUCGAGUCCACCCUGCAUGGGACCAUGGUUGCCCACAAGAUGUUCAUGGCCCGUGCCCGCCGGCGCUUCAUCAGUGCCGACGACACGAACCUCUUCCCGACCCUGGACAACCGCUACCGCGUUGCUCACCUGGACGCCCUCCGGCCGGCCAGCUACCUGGACGACGGUACCCCCGGGCCGUCAGCCCAGAACGAGGACACCUCCGGCUACCCGGUGUACAUCCUGCGUGGUCUGGCCACCGAUGCGCGCUACUUCUCCCUCUGUCUCUACAACGUUUGGCUCGAGUCGCUGGAUUACGUCCGUCACACGAUCCACCUGAACAAUACCCAGAUGGUGUUCGCUCCGUACUCCGAGGCCCCGGCCUCGCUGGCCCACAUGACUAAGGAGUCCGGCGUCGACUUCGACCUCAGCUGCCCCAAGGCCCAGUACUUCGAGGUGGCUGUCUGUGCGGUGGACCCCGGCCACCGGAACUGGCUCAACACCACCGGUCACGAGUCGCUGAAUGUCGUGGCCCGCGAGCUCCUCCCGGUGCGCCCGGCCCAUGGGAAGGACGGCCCCCCGAUUGAGGUCAUCCGCACCACGGUCGGCGAGCUGGCCAGCCUCUCCUCGGCGGCAUUCAUGGUCCCGGCCACCGCCGACAAGGGGCCCGACGACCGUGCCCGCCUGUAA